GAGAACAACUACUUCAGUCACUACUCGCAAGACGGGCGAUCACCCUGGGAUCGAGCCAGAGCACAAGGGAUCUCCGCCAAUGCGGAGAACAUUGCGGCUGGCAAUUCGGGUGCCACGGCGACGCUGCGGCAGUGGCAAAACUCAGAUGGCCACUGCAAGAACAUGAUGAACUCAAGGCACAAGCUGUUCGGGAUCGGCUGGGCCUACGACGCUUCGUCGACGUAUCGCCAUUACUGGACGCAGAUGUUGUCCUCGACGUCCGAGAGUGCGGACAGAUCCUGCUACCCGAGCCGCGAGGCGAAGUUCGCACCCGUUUCCGCCGACUUUCCCGAGGAGGAGAUCACGAUGCAGGUCCCGCUGCCACCCAGCUGGGAGUACACGCCACCGUCCGAUCAUCCCGAGCUACCACCUACAUGGAGUAUCGACGGGUGA